AGGACCAAGAAAGCAUGUCUACAAUAACAACAACAAUCAUGCUGCAGGGACACUAGUCUCACUUUUUGUGCCCCAACUGUGAAUACCCUUUUUUUUUUCUUCUUUGCGUCUCCUCCAAUCUCAUCGGUUUAGAUGGUUGAGCACAAGGGCCACUUUGAAGAAGACCACCGGUGGUUGUGCCUUGGCCAGAGCUGACAGAGUUUUUGCCAGUGAUUGCUGCUUUAGAAGCUCCUCCACAGCCUCUGCUGCAGCAGCCUCCUGUCACUGUGAUCUCCAGUACGGUGAGUGGAGGCUGCAGGCAUCACAGCUUCUGUACUGGCAUACAUGUUUAGUUUCCAUCAUUAUUAUUUUUUUUUUUGCACUGAAUUGCGGUACUCUUGGACCUUUUGACUGUGCUGCAGAAAACGACACACAAUCCAUUCAAGGACAUUGUUUUAUUUAAUUCCUGAGACUAAAAAGAGCGCUUCAGAGGAGGAUGAAGCUGAGGAAACAAGUGACAGUGUGUGGAGGGGCCAUAUUUUGUGUGGCUGUGUUCUCACUCUAUCUGAUGUUGGACCGAGUCCAGCAUGACCCUGCGAGGCGACAGAAUGGAGGAAACUUUCCACGGAGCCAAAUAUCAGUCCUUCAGAAUCGCAUAGAGCAGCUGGAGCAGCUCCUGGAGGAAAACCACCAAAUAAUCAGCCACAUAAAGGACUCUGUGAUGGAGCUCACAGACACAGGAGCUGUGUCUCCCAGCGGCCACCUGCCGUUCAGAAGCGCUAACGGUUCCUGGGUCCUACCAUUCGACGGUCGACCAACCUUUCUUGCAGUGAAGCCUCAGGAUUGCCAGUUUGCUGUUGGCAGCCGUACUCAAACAGAUGUACAGAUGCUGGAUGUGUACUCGCUUCUCAAGUUUGACAACCCUGAUGGAGGCGUGUGGAAACAGGGCUUUGAUAUCACUUAUGAACCUGAUGAGUGGGACAAUGAACCUCUGCAAGUAUUUGUGGUUCCUCACUCUCACAAUGAUCCAGGUUGGAUCAAGACUUUUGACAAGUACUUCACAGACCAGACGCAGCAUAUUUUAAACAACAUGGUGGUGAAGCUGGCCGAGGAUCCUCGCAGGAAGUUCAUCUGGUCAGAGAUUUCUUUCUUCUCCAAGUGGUGGGAGACUGCAGACGUCUACAAACAGGAGGCCAUGAGGAAACUGAUCCUUGGAGGACAGCUAGAGAUUGUGACAGGAGGCUGGGUGAUGACAGAUGAAGCCAACGUUCACUACUUUGCUAUGAUAGAUCAGCUCAUUGAAGGGCAUCAGUGGUUGGAGAGAAAUCUGGGUGUAACUCCUCGAAGCGGGUGGGCCGUGGACCCCUUCGGCCACAGUGCCACCAUGGCCUAUCUGCUGAAGAGGGCCAACCUGACCAGCAUGCUAAUCCAAAGGGUCCACUACUCCAUUAAAAAACACUUUGCAUCCACCAGAAGCCUGGAGUUUAUGUGGAGGCAGGCGUGGGACACUGGAUCCAGUACAGACAUGUUUUGCCACAUGAUGCCCUUCUAUAGCUACGACGUGCCUCACACCUGCGGGCCUGAUCCCAAGAUCUGCUGCCAGUUUGACUUCAAGAGGUUACCAGGAGGUCGGAUCAACUGUCCCUGGAAAGUGCCUCCCAAAUCUGUGGUAGAGGCCAACGUAGCAGAAAGAGCACAGUUGCUUCUUGAUCAAUACCGGAAAAAGUCUAAACUGUACCGCAGCAAGGUGCUACUGGUCCCCCUAGGAGAUGACUUUCGCUACGACAAGGCCCUGGAGUGGGAUCAGCAGUAUAUCAAUUACCAGAAGCUUUUCGAUUACAUGAACUCUCAGCCCGAGCUUCAUGUUCAGGCUCAAUUUGGGACUCUCUCCGAUUACUUCGAUGCUCUCUACAAAGCCUAUGGAGUUCCCCAGGGAUCCAGACCCAGUGACUUUCCUGUGCUCAGUGGGGAUUUCUUUGCCUAUGCAGACCGUGAGGAUCACUACUGGACCGGUUAUUUCACCUCUAGACCCUUUUAUAAAAGCUUGGACCGUGUGAUUGAGUCCCAUCUCAGAGGGGCAGAGAUUCUGUACAGCCUGGCGGUUGCAAACGCUCGUCAUGCUGGUAUGGAGGGACGCUACCCGGUGACUGAUUACGCCCUGCUGGUGGAUGCAAGACGGUCGGUUGGCCUCUUCCAGCAUCAUGAUGCCAUCACUGGCACUGCGAAGGAAAAUGUGGUAAUCGACUAUGGCACCAAAUUGCUGCGUGCACUCAUCGGUCUGAAGAGAGUUAUUAUCAAUGCUGCUCAUUUCCUAGUGAUGAAGAACAAAGAGUUCUAUCGUUUUUACCAGACAGAGCCCUUCCUGGAGACGGAUGACAGGCGUGCGACUCAGGACUCUCAGCCUCAGCAGACCUUAAUCGAGCUGGACCCAGCAGGACCAAGAUACUUGGUUCUGUUCAACCCCAUUGAGCAGGAGCGACUCUGCGCCAUCACAGUGUUGGUGAACACAGUCCGGGUGCGGGUGCUCACUGAGGACGGACAGACUCUCCCUGUGCAGCUGAGCGCUCAGUGGAGCUCUGCUACUCAAAUGAGUGCUGAGGUAUUUGAGGCAACAUUCAUGGUUCGUCUUCCACCCCUCGGUUUGGCUGUUUUCCACCUUUAUGACUCUGCUGACUCGCCCAUGACGAUUCGCUCUGACACCCUGCUGAGGCUGUCGGGACGUGGCGUCUCUGCUCGGGCUUUGGACCCUCUUCCUGUCCGCUCUCAGCCGGCUGACUCUCAGACCUUUUAUAUUAGUACUCAGACUCUGACUCUGGGUUUCUCUGGAAUCACUGGCCUUCUGGAGAGCAUCAAGCGUAAAGAUGAUCCAGAGGAGGUUAAGGUUCAGAUGCAGUUCAUAAUCUACGGCACACGUCUGUCAAAAGACAAAAGUGGAGCUUACCUCUUCCUGCCAGAUGGAAAAGCAAAGCCCUACAACCAGAAAGAGCCCCCUGCAGUGCGUGUUGUGGAAGGGCCUCUUUUCUCUGAAGUGGUGGCACAGUACCAGCACUUUGAGCAGACCGUCCGCAUACACAACGUGCCAGGGGUGGAUGGUUUGUCUGUAGACAUCACUACAUUGGUCGAUAUCAGGGAUCAGACCAAUAAGGAGCUGGCCAUGCGACUGGUCACCAACAUCCAGAGUGGAGACGUCUUCUACACAGACCUCAAUGGCUUCCAGAUCCAGCCCCGUCGAUUCUACCAAAAGCUUCCCUUGCAAGCCAACUUUUAUCCGAUGCCCAGCCAGGCGUACAUCCAGGACAGCCAUCACCGCCUCACGCUGCACACGGCUCAGUCUCUCGGUGUCUCCAGCUUGGAGAGCGGUCAGCUGGAAGUGAUUAUGGAUCGGCGACUGAUGCAGGAUGAUAAUCGAGGCCUGGGUCAGGGUCUCAAAGACAACAAGAAGACGGUGAAUCGUUUUCGCUUGCUGUUGGAGAGGAGAUCCAUAAAUAACAAGCAUGAUGGCUUCUUUGCCAAACUCUCGUCCUUGUUGCGCUCUUUCUUCUCUCAAAUCCCAAGUGGUGGAGUUGGCGAGAUGAUGGACAGCGCAACAACUAGCUUCCCGUCUGUCGUCAGCCAGGCAACCAGCACCCUGCUCAACCACCAGGUCCUGGCGCUGCCUGUUCUGCCCAAAAGACGCGGGGUUCCUCCUCUUCAAACCUUCGCUCCGCUCAAGUCUGCCCUUCCCUGCGACGUCCAUCUGCUUAACCUGCGCACCAUCCAGAGUCAGAAAGACCCCCAGUCGCCGUCUCCUUACACAGCGCUGAUCUUGCACCGUCUGGCGAUGGACUGUGGCUUUGAGGGUCAAAAUCUCGGCUUCAACUGCACCACAACACAGGGACGGCUGGGUAUAUGGAGUCUUUUCAAGAACCUGGACCUGCAGCUGCUCCAGCCCAUGUCCCUGACCCUGAUGCAUUCCAGCAUGCCUUUGGCCAAUGACUCCACCAUCAGCCUGGACCCCAUGGAGAUCUCCGCCUUCAAGCUCAAACUACGCUAAGAGCCAACCACAGUGAAAACAGUGAACACACAUCAGAGUAGCGAGACCAAGAACUGCAGUCUGGGUCUCCCUGAGUUGUUGAGCUGAAUUCGGAGCAACAGGGUCCACUGUAACAGGGCUAACUGGACUGCAGGGGGCAGACAACAGCUGCUCUAGAUCUGAGGGCUCGCAGCACAAACGUGGUGAAUUUGAAGCCGUUUCAUAUCUGGGAAAGACUGCAAGUAUUUCUCAUCAGAUAAAGCUGAGCAUCUGCAAUCAGAUAUAAAAUCUCUGUUGUUCUGCUUUGUAAGCGCUUUCAUUUCUCUCUGUUCUCCUCCUGGACUCAACUAGUGAAUGUAAAUAUCCCGAAUGACUGUGGAGGGGGGCUGGGACUGGUGCCACAUCAGAGUGCAAUUUUCAAGCUUUAUUUGCAGCCCGGGCUGAAUAAUUUCAUUUCUUGUUUCUGUUUUAUUUUAAACUGGGGGAAAAAUAUUGAUCAUUAACAUAUCUUUUUUUUUUUUUGUACCAAUCAGUCUGAUGUAGUUUUUUUUGCUCAAUCCUCAAGCUGUUUCCAUGAGUGCCCACCGUUCUCAUUAAUCAUGAAGGACGACUCCUCCCCUCCUGUCCUCAGUACGUACUUGUAGAUAGUCUGCUGAUUUCCCUCUCCCUCUUUGAAGAUUAGAAAAGUGUGCAGGGUCCCAGAUCGUGUUGACCAUUCUUGAGCUUGUAGCAAACAUAUGCAGUAGAUUAGCCAGGAGACCGUUACCUCAUGUUUACCAAACAGCAGAUAUAUUGGUAUAUAUGUCUAUGGAUGGGGUUACUGUGAAUAUGUGAGGUUGAUCAUUUUUGGGGUGGGAGUAUACUCUAUCAGGGACCAGUCAUAACUUUGGGGUCAUUAAUUAAUAUGAAUUAAUAUCAGUGGCAACAUACAUCAAAGGAGCUAGUCUUAAACGCUCCUUUUCCUGAUUUAGAUCAGAUUGAGCACGUAUGAAAAUAGGAACAACUCUUCACACUGUAGAGGCUGUGAUAAGGUUUUUAUCUGGUAUUUGGAAAGAUAUCAUUUUUUUUUUUGAAAAAUUAAAACUUGCAAAAAAACAAAAACAAAACAAAGAUCUGUAUACUGGAUCUAGUUUACUUUUCUUUAAGGCAUAAGAAAAAACCCAAAAAUAUAAUCAUAGAUUGAUAACUUUCUGCCAGACGAGUCACGGCUCUAUAUGCCUGAAAUGUGACCAUAAAACAGUUUUUACUUUUCUCUAUCAUAAACAUUACAUUACUUUAUUCUUUUAAUAAUCAAAUUGGAUUAAUCGACUCAGAUGAUCAUUGUCAGUAUGUCAUAAAGAUAUUAAACACUGUAAAAGUCUCUGAACAUCUUUUUUCCCAUUAUAUAUAACUAUUCUUCAAAUACCAGGCUUCUGCAGGGUCUAAAGCUUUUUCAUUUCCUUCAAAGAAACCCUAAAUACAAACAGAAAUCCCAAUGUAGGUCAGAACUUACCUUUAAUGCUGUCAAAUUCCCCAAAAAAGCAGAAACAUGUUGACCAACAUUAAUGAGUCAUCCUUUGACCUUUAGAUGUUAGAGCAUUGAGGUCACAUGUCGGAGCUAAAAACUGCAGUUAUUGGUGCUACCGGUACUUGCCUUUUCACCUUAGCUAAAAUAAAGGAAAAUGGGUAAAUGUUAUGCAAUUUAGAUUAUUGAAUUCCCAUUUGUUAUAAAAAAUUGAAAUACUAUUUUUUUCAGAAGCCAAGAAUUGUAAUGCAGUAAUGAAAAGUCCCAUUUAGAGAGCCGUGACUUGGAGAGGAAUAUACAUUUCUUGAAGCUAUUGGCAGUCUCAGCUCCACGGUGUUCUUUACCCCGAGGCUGGCUGCAGGCGCUGCGUCUGUCUGCCAUUCCCAGCUGAUGGGAAGGAUCCUGUCAUCUCCAUCUAAGGUUGAGGCCAUAAUCCCAGCCGCACUCUGAACUGUGCAGCCAUCUCCCCCCCCCGCCUCACUUCGUCACGUCCCGCAGGGGAUCCGCAGCCUUUCCCCUAACCUUCAGCUGACAGGGCUGCGAGAGGUCAAAGAUGUGGCUGCAAACCUCUUCCCUCCUGCUGUCGCUAACAUCUGUCAAACCAGAUGUCGCCACAUUUCAGUUGCACUUUUUCUGGUGUCUCAAAUUAUUUUUGUCUGUAAAUGUCUUUGACUUCUUUUUAAAUGUGCUAUCUGCCAUAGGGCUCAUUUUUUUGUUGAAAUAAUAUAUCAAGUCAACCCUAUUUGCAAAUAAAAGUUAGUGACUUAAGUCUAAAGUGACUGAAUAAAGAAAAAAAAAAA